AUGAGGUGGAACUUGCUGACAUUUUUGUUUUAUGUAAGUAUCGUAUAUGGGGAAGACACAGAUAUGAAUGAUUCAGCGCAAAUUGUUGCGUCAAAAUUUACGCUAUCUCAAUAUGCAGUCGAAGGGAUGGAUUAUGUUAUUGAUUAUCGUCUUUAUAACGUCGGAGACAGGGCUGCCCUACGUGUAGCAUUAGAUGAUCGAAAUGGUUUUCCAACGCAAGCUUUUGAUGUUAUACGAGGCCUUUUGCAGGUACGUUGGGAAAGAAUAGGUCCCGGCAAUAAUGUUUCACAUUCAGUAGUGGUGCGUCCACGAGUUAUUGGUGCAUUUAAUUAUUUAUCCGCUCAGAUAACUUAUUAUCCAACUGAAGAUGCGAAGGAAGUACGCGUCAGCUACACAACCGCUCCAGGCGAAGGAUAUAUUUAUCGACGAAAAGAUUAUGAUCGAAAGUUUUCGGCAAAAGUGGGCGUAUGGUUGGUAUUUUUGAUGCUAGUCGCACCAUCAACGGUUAUUCCGUUUGUACUUUGGUACAAAAGUAAGGUGAAAUAUGAUCAGGAGACUCCGUCGAAGAAAAGCAAGUAG